AUGGGGCUGGCUCUAGCAUGGGGCUGGCUCAAGCAUGGGGCUGGCUCAAGCAUGGGGCUGGCUCAAGCAUGGGGCUGGCUCAAGCAUGGGCCUGGCUCUAGCAUGGGGCUGGCUCAAGCAUCAAGCAUGGGGCUGGCUUUAGCAUGGGGCUGGCUCAAGCAUGGGGCCCGCUCAAGCCAUGGGGCUGGCUCAAGCAUCAAGCAUGGGGCUGGCUCUAGCAUGGGGCUGGCUCUAGCAUGGGGCUGGCUCAAGCAUGGGGCUGGCUCAAGCAUGGGGCUGGCUCAAGCAUGGGGCUGGCUCAAGCAUGGGGCUGGCUCAAGCAUGGGGCUGGCUCUAGCAUGGGGCUGGCUCAAGCAUGGGGCUGGCUCAAGCAUGGGGCUGGCUCUAGCAUGGGGCUGGCUCAAGCAUCAUGCAUGGGGCUGGCUCAAGUAUGGGGCUGGCUCUAGCAUGGGGCUGGCUCAAGCAUCAAGCAUGGGGCUGGCUCAAGCAUGGGUCUGGCUCAAGCAUGGGGCUGGCUCAAGCAUGGGGCUGGCUCAAGCAUGGGGCUGGCUCAAGCAUGGGGCUAGCUCAAGCAUGGGGCUGGCUCUAGCAUGGGGCUGGCUCAAGCAUGGGGCUGGCUCAAGCAUCAAGCAUGGGGCUGGCUCUAGCAUGGGGCUGGCUCAAGCAUGGGGCUGGCUCUAG